CUAAAAAAUGCAUAUUUUGAUAAGUAAUCUGUUGUACAAAUUCUGGUGAUAAGUCUUUAUUGAAAUAGAAGACAUACAUUCCGGCUUAAGACAGCCAUUCCGGCUUAAGCUAUAUUUGUUUGAUAAGGCGAACAAAAAGUGUUUUAGCACCUUUUUUCGGCAUAAGCAGCCGGCAGUGGUUCGGGAUAUUUCGAUAUAUAAUUUUUGAUUGGUUGUUUUUUUUGUAACGUCAAUGGUUAUUGGUUCAAAUCUUUUUUGGUCUUUCCUUAAAAAGUGUGUCUUUCCUUAGUAAAGUCACUUUAUGUUGGACUUUACAUGUGUUUUAUUCUUUAAAAUAAAAAAAGGAAAGUACACAUAUUCUUCUUGAUAUUUUAGAUGUCUUGGAAGAGAGUCACAAACAGGGGCAACAACUCCUGAAUUACUUAAACAAUAGAGACCGUGCAACAAAGCACAAAACUGGUGGGUAGGGAUCUUUCCUGACCUCACAGAUUAGCAAGCGAGAAGGAAUGGUGCUAACUACAAAACCAUCUGCAGUGAACAUUGUACAAACUCGGUCUUCAAAACAGAACCAGACACAAAGUUCACUUUCUAGUUUACAUCACAUCCAGAUUGAAGCAAACACACCAUCAAGUCCCGUUACGGUAAACGCCUCUUCAUUAACCAGUACUGUUCCUAGUGCAGAUAUUGAAAAUAUCUCUCACUUCACCAACAUGGCUGGAACCCUUCGGUUAGAACCUUUCAAGGGAGAGUGUGGUGAAGAUAUUGAAAAGUUUUUGAGACGUUUUGACCAGUACUGUGCCUGUAUGAAUUUUAGAGAGGGACAAGCUUUUGCUCAAUUUGCCUGGCAUUUGGAUGGAAUUGCUAGACUCUGUAUUGAAAAUCAAUCACCGGCUCCAACCACACUUGAUGAAUUAAAAGAGUUAUUAGUGACAAAAUAUUCCAAAGAAAAACCUGUGAGUCUGAACAUUUUCAGUAUGAAGCAGGAAGUUUCGGAAAAUGCAGAACAAUUUCUAUCGCGAUUAGAGGCAGAAACUUUCAAAACUAAAAUAAAUGAUGACUUACAAGUCCAGAUCGCACUCAAUGGUCUUCACCCAAGUGUAAGUUCUGCCAUUUCAACUCAUGGACCAAAGACAUUGUCAGAAGUACGCAAUCUUGCGCGUCGCUUAACAAAUGUAAGACAUUCAGCACCGGUAGCUGCUACCAAUAAUUCCUUUGAAGAUACUGUGAACAUUUUAACGGCAGCAGUUGCUCAAUUAACAACUGUUAUGACAAAACAACAGCCGGAACCGCCUUCUAGGAAUUACAGUCCUCAUCAUCGCCAACCACAAACAAGACGCCAACCUCACUUUGAGAAGAAAAGAGAAGCAUGUCCACGUUGUGGAGUUGGCUGGAGUAAACUGAUGCUGUUUCUGAUCUCCAUUGUUUUGUGUUUCAAUAUGGUAUCUGGUAGUCUACCAAAUGAAUUGCAGCGACUGAACUAUCGUGUUGUUUUCGAACCAUGGAACCGCAUGCACAUGGCAACUGAAAGUUGGAUCCACACCUUUGCUCUGGAGUUACCAAAAGACCUAAACCUAAUAGAUUUAACAGGAUGUGCUUUAAGUCCAAAUACUUGCAAACUUGUAAAUGAAGUUUUGUUAGAGAUAAAUCAAAUCAGGCAAACAACAGAAAUCAAGCUAAAUGCUACAAUGGAUUCUAUAUACCAACUGGUUCCUGAAACUAAAAUUGCUAUGAGCAAAUCAAGGUCACGCAGGUCCUUGUUACCAUUUAUCGGCAAAUUGUCAAAAUCAUUGUUUGGAACUUGCAACUUCUGGAAGAUGUAG